AUGGAGAUCUCCGGAGGUGUUUUAUGGCGAGUCAUUAAUUCGGUUGCUGCUUUGUACUUUGCUAUUGCUGCAUACGUACAGAUGAACGAUCCAGAUCCUAUUUUGUGGAUUCCUUUGUACGCUGUGCCUUCUCUUCUUUGCUUUUCUGUCGUAGUGACGCCAACAUGCACAGCUAGCUUCAUGUGGAGCUCACUGUCUUUGGGUCAUGUGAUUGUGUGUUCAACAGGAGCAUUGUAUAUUGGUUCUAUUGGGUUUCUAAAAGGUACACUGAAUCCUCUGAAAGCAGAAGAAGGUCGUGAGUUCACCGGACUGCUAAUUGUUGUCCUUUGGCUAUCUCUAUGCACAGCAAAGUCGAAAGCCAAUCUUCCUGCGUUUACCGUUUCUGCUGUCAAUUUUUUUGUGGCCGUCCUUGCCAUUUUACCUGUCUGUACGUGGCUUUACUGGCACUUCAGAGAGCAAUACAACUGGGAAUUACCUGAACAUUGCAAAGGGAGUUUUGGAGACUUGUUGGGAAAGGACACAUUUGAUACUACGGAACACGUACGCGUAAAAUAGAACAAUGGACAGCGCGUAGGUAGUUCUAUAUUUUGUACAAAUUGAUAGUUACGUAUAUACAAACAGACUGUAGCCUAAUUAGAGCCUUUGGCAAUCAGAUCAGGCAACAUUGGAAAGCUGUUAAAUUUACCUAUU